CUUUUUUUCACCCUUUCUUCUAUACAUUUUUUUCGGUGAAAUCAUGUCCUGGGAUCCUAAUUACGCCGAAGAUCAAGGCUUUUCUCAGCCUCCGGCCGACAAUGGUGGCUUCGAUGGUGCUGCCGAGCCCCGAUCUCGACGUCCUGAAGGUGGUAACGCUGCUCACGAAGAUCGUUUCCGUACCUUCAACUGGGCUUCGAACCGUUCCAGAUACGAAUACAACGAGAACGCUGUUGGUGAAGAUGGUCUCGCCCUCCGUGAUGAAAAAUUGGAACAGGAACUUUUCGAAGUCGAUGCUGCCGAGCAGCAAACCACUUUGGACUUUUCUCGUUACGAGAGUAUUCCCAUUCGUGUUCAACGUGGUGAAGCCCCUCCCCCAAUCAAGAGCUUCGAUGAAGCCGAUCUCCAUCCUGUCAUGAAGGACAACGUGCGUUUGGCCAAAUAUGCCAAACCUACCCCUGUUCAGACCUACUCUAUCCCCAUUGUCACCUCUGGCAAAGAUUUGAUGGCUUGUGCUCAAACAGGUUCCGGUAAAACUGCUGCUUUCUUGAUUCCCACCUUGUCCGCUCUCUUUGGUUCUGCCAAGGAACUUGCCAAACCUCGCCCUGCUCCUUAUGAGUACAGAUCUUACCGCGCCGAACCCUUAGUGCUCAUUCUCGCUCCUACCCGUGAAUUGUGUUCGCAAAUUUUCGACGAAUGCAGACGUUUCACCUACAGAAGCAUGCUCAGACCUUGUGCCGUUUAUGGUGGUGCCGAUGCUAUUUCGCAGAUCCGUCAAUUGGAAAGAGGUUGUGAUAUUCUGGCCGCUGCUCCCGGUCGUCUUAUGGACUUUAUUGAACGUGGUAAAAUCGGUCUCAACCGUGUCAAGUACCUUGUCCUUGAUGAAGCCGAUCGUAUGUUGGAUAUGGGUUUCGAAGCCAUCAUCCGUGCUUUGGUCUUGAAGAAGGGUAUGAACCCUGAUCGUCAAACUCUCAUGUACAGUGCCACUUUCCCUCGUGCCAUUCGUGCGCUUGCUCGUGACUUUUUGAAGCCCGACUAUCUUUUCUUGAAGGUCGGUCGUGUCGGUGGUACCACCAACUCCAUCACUCAAAAGGUGAUGUAUGUCAACGAAGAAGACAAGCGUGAGUCGCUCCGUGCUCUUCUCAACUCCCAACCCCCCAGCCGUACUCUUAUUUUUGUUGAGACUAAGCGUAGUGCUGACAGCUUGGAUCAAUAUCUUUUCGAUCGCAGCUUCCCCUCUACUUCCAUUCACGGUGAUCGUACGCAAAUGGAAAGAGAAGAUGCUCUUCUCGGUUUCAAAUCCGGUCAAACUCCCAUUUUGGUCGCUACUGCCGUGGCUGCUCGUGGUAUUGAUAUCCGUAACGUCAUGCACGUUGUCAACUACGAUAUGCCCAACGAUAUGGAUGAAUACAUUCAUCGUAUCGGUCGUACUGCUCGUGUCGGCAAGUCCGGUUUGGCCACUUCCUUCUACAACGAACGCAGCAUGAACUUGGCUCCCGAAUUGACCAAAUUGCUCAAGGAAAACAAGCAAGAAAUUCCUGACUUCUUGCAAGAAUUCGUCACUGAUGACAACACUUGGGAUGAAGAUUUGGAUGAUGAUAACGUCGAGGCUCCUAGCUAUGCUGGACAAGAAUAUGUUGCUCCUGCUCGUGAAGUUCCUGGUCGAGGUCCUCCUGGUGGUGCUCCUGCUGGCGGUGAAUUUGGUGCCGGUGAUUUCGGUGCCAGUGGAGGUGCCGGUGGAUGGGAUGCUGGUGCUGCUGCCAAUGGCUGGGAUGCUGGUGCUGCUGGCGGUUCCAACGACUGGAACGCUGGUGGUGGUGGUGAUUAUGGUGCCGAUAGUGGUUACGGUGCUACGGAUUACGGCAACAGCGGUGGUUACAACGAACGUCCCAAACGUGACGGUGACUGGGAUUGCCCCAGCUGUUCUGUUAGCAACUUUGCUAAGCGUACUGAAUGUUUCAAGUGCGGUACUGGUCGUCCUGAAGGUGCUGGUGGUUUCGGCGGUGGUCAAAGCCGUCCUGGUGAAUGGAUCUGCCCCGAUUGCGGUAUCAACAAUUUCUCCCGUCGUACCACUUGCUUCAAGUGUGAUGCUGCCCGUCCCGAAGGUAUGGGUGAACCCGCCCGUGGCCCUCCCCCACGUCGCGAUGGUGACUGGGAUUGCUCAUGUGGUGCCGUCAACUUUGCCCGUCGUACCGAUUGCUACAAAUGUCACGCCUUGAAGGAUGGUGGUGAUAGCGGUUAUGGUGGUGGCUAUGAUCAACCUUCCUACGAUGCUGGUGAGACUUCCAACUUUGGUGCUUCCGGUGGUGAUUGGAAUGCGGAUGCUGCUGCUGCCGGAUGGGGUGGCGCUGCUGCUACUGAAACUCCUGCUGCUCCUGCUGAUGGUGGAUGGGGCGCUUCCAACGACACACCUGCUGCUGCUCCCGCUGCUGGCGGAUGGGAUAACGGUGCUUCGGCUGCUCCUGCUGCUCCUUCUACGGGCGGAUGGGGUGCUUCCAACGACACAACUUCGGCACCUGCUGCUAGCGGAUGGGGUGAACCUGCUCAACCUGCUGCUCCUGCUGCUGGCGGAUGGGGCGCUUCCAACGAUACCCCUGCUGCUCCUGCUGCUGGUGGAUGGGGUGAACCUGCUCAACCUGCUGCACCGGCACCUUCAUCAGGUGGAUGGGGUGCUUCCAAUGACACACCUGCUGCUGCACCCGCUGCUGGCGGAUGGGGUGAACCUGCUCAACCUGUUGCUCCUGCUCAACCUGCUGCACCGGCACCUUCUUCAGGUGGAUGGGGUGCACCUGCUGCUGCUCCUGCUCCUGCUCCUGCUCAACCCGCGGCUCAAGAUAACGGAUGGGGUGCUGCUCCAGCUGUUGCUGACGGUGGCUGGGGUGCUGCUCCCACUGCUUCCAAUGGCAUGGGCUGGUAA